AUGACGCUGCUCUAUUUCGCCUGGGUCAGGGAGCAGAUCGGCCGCGAUGCCGAGGAGAUCGCGCUUCCUGCCGACGUGCAGACGGUGGCGGCGCUGCUCGACUGGCUGCGGAGCCGCGGCGGUGGCUAUGCCAGCGCGCUCGAAGACCUGUCGGUGAUCCGGGUCGCGGUGAAUCAGGAAUUCGCGGCACCCGACCAUGCGGUCGCCGAUGGCGACGAAAUCGCGCUCUUCCCGCCGGUGACCGGUGGAGCCCCGUCGUGA